AAGAUGCUGAGCAGCAGAUGCUUGACAGUGUCAGCAGCUAAAGGAUCGGUUUUAUUGACAGUCUCUCUACACUCUGUCUCUUAAAACAAGCCUGCAGCUGCAGUUAGUUGAUGAACAAAAUGAUUAGAGGAGCAGUGGAACAUGUGAAAUGAACGUGGAAAACAUCCAUGUUAUGCCAAGUAACGUAGCUGAAAGCAGUGGCCCAUUAAGACAUCGUUGGCAUCACAUGCUCCCCAGUGUAUUCUGUUAUGUCACUUUGAAUAUAUGUUUGCAGACCUAACCCUAAUAUUUUGCAUAUUCCUAAUAGACAGCAUUGUCAAGCAAUUAUUAUCUUUGUCAAUUUGUUCAGUCAUAUUCAAAUUGAGGCACUUAAUUACUAGUAUUUCAUAACAAACACGGUCUUUACUGCUAUUUAAUUCAUGAACGUCUGCUAAAUGUAAACAGACUUUUGAAGGUAUACAACUUGUGCAAAUAGCUCCUGGUCCACUUGUUGGGCUUGGUGGAACCCACUGGUGCCAGCUGCGUCUGAGCCGAGCUCAUCCCUCAUCAGUGUUUGGCAAAUUUCUAAAGCUCUGGAACUCCCGUUUAAUUGCAGCGACAACAGAAACUUUUACUAUGAAACAGGAAAGAUGACUAGAAAGAACUGUGUCUGACUGAUGUGAGCGUCGUGAGCAUUCAGCGAGCUACACAAGUUACAGAGUGCACAUUAAUAAACAUGUCUAGUCUAAGGUCUAAGGUCGUAGGAAAACAAAGGGAAGCGGUGAUGGUGGAUGUGGAACAGGAGGCAGAAGCAGCCAGGUGGACGCUGACUUAAACUGAGUUGUCUGCCACUCAAGCAAUUAUUCAUUAGCCCUAAGUCACUGAUCAAACAUUAACAUCCUCCUCCUCCAGUCCCUCCCAAACGUCUUCAUUUAUCUCAGUCACUGUCAGGGAAUUCUAAGGUGAAUGCAGAUCAGAUAGUGGGAGCCUACGUUCCUUCAACAGCCUCCAUCACCUACCAGUUUAUUAUCAUGCAUGAAAUUAAGAAUAGGAAUUCUUUAUGAGCACAGCAUGCAACUGGUGCUACUUGUUAUUCUGUGGUUUGACCAGUUGAUAUCAUUAGUCAGCACUGGGGUGUGCAGAGCGGGAAGCCUGAAAUCUCUGCAGGGUUUAUGAGGUGGUGCUGGAGAUAGAGGAGGGCUCUCGAAGGCCAAACUACAUAAUUAAAGUUACGGCUCAAGAAGAAUAAUGUCCUCAUAAAGAUUGGGGAAAUUGCUGACUGUCAACUGUGGUUGACUACUAUGUGUAGAUAACUUAUCGCCACCACCACCACAAUCACUGUCCGCCAAUUCCACAGCUCUGCUCCUGCUUAUUUCCAUAAAUCACCAUAUGCUUCCACAGCCAUGAUGGAAAUAUGGACGGCAGCAGCUGCUGUAGCGUGGGUACCGCAAGGGUUAAAUUCAUAAAUUGUGAGCUAGGGAAGGAUGAGAUGGAGUUUUAUGGGAAAUUACGACAUUGGAAAUGUCAAAAUUGUCCUUUCAUCAUAUAUAAGAGCCACGCUUAGGUGGGGAGUGAAGACAGAGGAGCGAGAUAGAGCUGUGAGGAAACUAAUUGAGAUGAUGACACUGAUGCAAGGGAACGGAGUCGGAGGUGAAAAGAAAGAGGGCAUAAGAGAAUGAGACAGACCUGGGAGAAUCUAGAAGCCCAGAAGGAAACGUGGCGUCAGUAUGAAUUGGAGGAGAUGGAGGCAGAUAGAGAUUAAGGGGCCAAACAAUAUAAGUAGUGAGAGCUUAAGAAUGAGUUAUAUGGGAAAUAAAACCGUGUGGGUGCUUGUGUGUGUUUGUGUGUGUGGAGGUGGAAACAGGGGAGACAUGCAGCGCGAAUAAGAGGGUGAAUGGAGUGAACGCAGAGGGCUGGGGGGGGGGGGGGGUGUCUGCACGGAGCCUCUGCGGGGGAGACGACUACAGCUGCGCGCAGAGACGGAGGAAGAUGCACAAACAGUGCAACACUAGCCCGCACGCCAGGAGCAAAGAGGAGAGCAGGCUGUGAUUUAAUCAGUGGAUGGAGCACGCGGGGAUUUGGUGGUAAAACAAGCUGAGGAACGGGAGCGGCGUCAAACCCGGGCACGCGCAAAAGCAGACGAGUGCAGGAGGAAACAAAGAGGAGAAGUGACCAGACGUGGAAAAGGGAAACCAGAAACAGUUGCUGACCUCUGACCCCUCAUCCAUAAUGACGAUCCAGCUCCUCCGUCCCGUGACCCUCUACCUGACCUUCACAUGGUGCGCUGGUACGUUUCCUAACCACCACUGGGGCGAGUGGAACGGCUCACAGCUCCAGCCCACGAUUCAGAAGCUGAUGAAAGGCUACAACCGCUACCUCAGACCCAAUUUUAAUGAAGGCCCUGUUGAAAUUGGAAUGAGCCUGGACAUCGCCAGCAUUGACGCCAUUUCCGAAAUCAACAUGGACUACACGGCCACCAUCUUCCUCCGCCAGCGCUGGCGCGACUCCAGGCUGGUGUUUCCCGGCAAUGAGAGCGUGAGCGUGGACGGGCGCCUCGUGUCGCUGCUCUGGAUCCCCGAUACCUUCAUCCCAGACUCCAAGCGCUCCUUCCUGCAUGACGUCACCGUGGAGAACCGCCUCAUACGCAUCUUCAGCAACGGGACCGUUCUCUACGCCCUGCGCAUCACGGCUACAAUCGCCUGCAACAUGGAUCUGACCAAGUACCCCAUGGACAGACAGGUGUGCACCCUGCAGCUGGAGAGCUGGGGCUACAACCUGCAGGAUGUGGUCUUCUACUGGACCAGAGGGAACGAUUCUGUCAAGGGUCUGGACACGCUGCGUUUGGCUCAGUACAGCGUGGAGAGCUACUACACGUCGGUGUCACGGGCCGUGUAUGAGACAGGGCAGUACCCUAAGCUGGUGCUGCAUUUUGCCCUGCGCAGAAACGUGCUGUUCUUCAUCCUGGAGACGUACGUUCCCUCCGUCCUGCUGGUGGUUCUGUCCUGGGUCUCGUUCUGGAUCAGCCAGUCGUCGGUGCCAGCGAGGACGUGCAUCGGGGUCACCACAGUUCUGACGAUGACUACUCUGAUGAUGGGCGCCCGCACGUCGCUGCCCAACGCCAACUGCUUCAUAAAGGCCAUAGACGUUUACCUGGGCAUCUGCUUCACUUUCAUCUUCGGAGCCCUGCUGGAGUACGCGUGCGCUCAUUUCUACACCAUGCAGCACCAUACGUUAGAGGACCUACACCGGGAUCUUCUGAGGGAGCUGAGUGAAUCCAACGGCAACGGCUCCGUCCCCGCCGUCAGCGCCGCCCGACCCAACCCGCCCGCGGAGCCCGGACCCCCCGAGGAGCCGACCGCGAACAGCACCGCCGAGAACCACGUGGGGCCCAAAGGCGCGGCGCCGGAGCCGCAGGGCUGCGGCCUGUCGUCGGUGAAGGACGCCUCGCGCCGAGCGGCGUCCGUCUUCAUCGUGGAGAACCCCCACAACAUCGACCGGCACGCACGCACCGUGUUCCCCACGGCCUUCCUCUUCGUCAACAUCCUCUACUGGGCUUACUACCUCCUCCUCUGAGCGCUGGCUGCUGCUGUGAUUAGUUAGUUUAACCAGCUGAGGCUGAGCUCUGGUAUCGGUCACCGCUGCCUGGAUCAGACCUGAUCGCACAGCCUUGAGCCUUUUCCCAGUGAUAGGGCGACAUAUUGGUGGAGAGCAAAUAUGUCUAUGAUCUUAAUCAAGUCUAUGUUACACAUCUUAAUGUAUGAAUGGCAUAUAUAAUAACCUGUAGUAUUCAUACACUAAACAGUUCUUAAGGAAACAGUAUAAAUGACAGACGGCAUCACACUGUGCUCUACUGGACUGCCUUCAUGGUGUGACUGGUAAGAUACUGGUUUUCAUGCUCUUGUGUUCUUCGGAGGCUACGCGUUGUACAUUUACUUCAUGUCAUCUGAAAUUAAACCCCGGGAAACUGAAA